ACGCGUUACCGAACGUCUCUAUUUGCGCGUGCCCGUGUACUGUUACGUGCUCGUCCCCGCUGCUGAGCAACAAGAUGGCGGCCGCCGCCGGAUCAGGCGUGAAAGUCCCCCGUAACUUUCGGCUACUGGAGGAGCUUGAGGAGGGUCAGAAGGGUGUUGGUGAUGGGACAGUGAGCUGGGGUCUGGAGGACGAUGAAGAUAUGACCCUCACACGCUGGAGAGGAAUGAUCAUCGGACCACCAAGGACCAUCUAUGAGAACAGGAUGUACAGUCUUAGAGUGGAAUGUGGACCAAGAUACCCAGAAACACCUCCUUUUGUUCGAUUUGUGACGAAGAUCAACUUGAAUGGAGUGCAUAACUCAAAUGGUGUGGUUGACAUACGAGCUGUAUCCUCACUGGCCAAGUGGCAGAAUUCCUACAGCAUCCGUGUGGUCCUGCAGGAGCUGCGACGACUCAUGAUGUGCAAAGAGAACAUGAAGCUGCCUCAGCCGCCUGAGGGACAGAUCUACAGCAACUGAGCUUCUCUUUCGUCCUCCUUUACCUUCAUUCACAACACAUUCACACACGCAAGGCUGAGCAUUCCUCUUCUUACCCUGGACUCAGGACAGUUCCUCCCAGUUCCUGACCACUCCCCCUGUGCUGCAGCAACCAAUGAGCAGUCCUGCCUCAGGAACUCCCAUUGGACAACAGAAAUAAUGGAUGUAGUGGUGUGCACAGCAGAAUACUGUACAUCUUACUAAUCUUUCUUUCUUUUUUUUUUUUGUUAUACAUGCAAAUUGUAAAAAUAACAUAAAUGAUCUUAUUGAGUGUACUUUGUGUGCCUUGUUUUUCAAAAGUAAAAGCCACCCUCAUUUGA